AAAGAUCGAUCCCUUUAUACUUUGCCACCUGGCCUUUGUGUGCAGGGAAUCAUCUAUACCAAAUGCUGGUCUGGGUGUUUGGUCCGAUCAUGAGAUUCUACCGAGGACAAGAUUUGGUCCUUACAAAGGGAAGAAAACUCGGGAUUUGGAUAAAGCACAUUCUACUGGAUAUGCAUGGCAGAUUUAUGAAAAUGGAAAACCAAGCUAUUUCAUUGAUGCCUUUGAUAAAAUCCAUGCUAAUUGGAUGAGAUAUGUGAAUUGUGCAAGGAAUGAAGAUGAGCAGAACAUGACAGCCUACCAAUACAAGGGACAAAUAUAUUACCGGACCCAUAGAGUGAUCAAAGCAGGCACUGAGCUACUUGUAUGGUAUGGGGACGACUAUAGUGAUGAGCUUGGCAUCAGGAGAGCUACUGAGGAUGCCACUAAAUUAAAGCCGUUCACUGUCAAUGGAACAAAGAUGUUCAGGUGUCCUUUUUGUGGAAGAUGUUUCAGCUCAGAAAUAUGUAUACUUGGACACAGUAAAGCAAGGCAUGGGGUCUCUCAAUUCACAAUUGACCUUGCAAGGAAAAUGUUGGAGGAAAGAAAAGAAAUUGACAUCAAAAUGGAAUCACAAUUGUAUUUAGAUCAAGAACCUGUGAUUGAGAAAAGCUUUGAACACUCCAUAAAAAAUAAACAGGAUGUCCUGCAGAUCAAACAAUGUGUCACAAAUAAUAAAAGACCAAAAAACAAAGCUGGUGACUACAAUGGACUAAGCAUUGAAACAGAACAUUCAUAUAAGUGUAAUGUUUGUAAAAGGGUGUUCAAUAAGUCAAUUAAACUACAGACACACCUCGCGACACAUACAGGAAAGCGAGAAUACAAAAGUGAUGUCUGUGGUAAGGGAUUUAGUGUGACAAAAAGCCUACAGACACAGCUCAGGACACAUACAGGAGAGAAGCCUUACAAAUGUGAUGUCUGUGGUAAGGGAUUUAGUCGGACACAAAGCCUACAGACACACGUCGGGAUACAUACAGGAGAGAAGCCGUACAAAUGUGAUGUCUGUGGUAAGGGGUUUAGUCAGACAGGUAACCUACAGACACACCUCAGGACACAUACGGGAGAGAAGCCUUACAAAUGUGAUGUCUGUGGUAAGGGGUUUAAUCGGACUGGUAACCUACAUAAACACCUCAGGAUACAUACAGGAGAGAAGCCUUGCAAAUGUGAUGUCUGUGGUAAGGGGUUUAAUCAGACUAAUGACCUACAGAGACACCUCAGGACACAUACAGGAGAGAAGCCGUACAAAUGUGAUGUCUGUGGUAAGGGGUUUAGUCAGACACCAAACCUACAGACACACCUCAGGACACAUACAGGAGAGAAGCCAUACAAAUGUGAUGUCUGUGGUAAGGGGUUUAGUGUGACACAUAGCCUACAGAAACACCUCAGGACACAUACAGGAGAGAAGCCUUACAAAUGUGAUGUCUGUGGUAAGGGGUUUAGUAGGACUAGUAGCCUACAGACACACCUCAGGACACAUACAGGAGAGAAGCCGUACAAAUGUGAUGUCUGUGGUAAGGGGUUUAGUGUGACACAAAACCUACAGACACACCUCAGGACACAUACAGGAGAGAAGCCUUACAAAUGUGAUGUCUGUGGUAAGGGGUUUAGUCAGACUGGUCGCCUACAGACACACCUCAGGACACAUACAGGAGAGAAGCCAUACAAAUGUGAUGUCUGUGGUAAGGGGUUUAGUCCGACUAGUAGCCUACAGACACACCUCAGGACACAUACAGGAGAGAAGCCGUACACAUGUGAUGUCUGUGGUAAGGGGUUUAGUCAGACUGGUCACCUACAGACACACGUCAGGACACAUACAGGAGAGAAGCCGUACAACUGAGAUGUCUGGUAACUUAAAAAAACACUCCAGAGCUUUCAGAGAUACUUUCUACUGAUUAUAUAUUUAAAUAUACUUAAGUUCACUUGCAUCCAUAAUGAUUAUUUCAUCAUUACAUUAUUCUAAUGUGUAUAGCAUAAAGGUAUUUUAAUUCGAUGAAUUGUAUAAAUUAUUUUUGCAUGUUGUCUUGUGUAUUAUUUAAUGUUGAUGUCUAUUUAAUAAAUUAUA